GCCCAUCCUUCAAACCGCGCAAACAACGUCAUCUAGGCCGAACCAAGCGAUCUGAUUGAUUAACUUAUCGCGAAUCGCGCGAGCUCAUUCGGAUAGACGUACUGGAGCGUUCUGCUUCCGUAUCUUCGUCAGUCUUCUUGGACGACGAGAUCUGGCCUUGCGCCCGCUUCACGGAAGCUCCGGGCUCAUUGGCGAGUCCUGUUUUUCUUGCGAACCCGCAAGGGGACUGCGCGCAGUUCUUCGCUGAGCGUAUUCAUUUCCAUCGGUCUAUGCUACUUACUUCAAGGUAGCUAUUGCCUUAGGAAUUGACAAGGACGGUUGAACAGUACAAACGACAAGCCUUUAGUCCUCCUGCGGCCCCAUUCGUGCGCCAAAAAUAAAAUCCUCCGCAACCAUCAUUCGCGCGUCGCGUGGUUAUAGUGAUCUAAAUUGAUACCAGUUCUCACGAUCCCCGGACUUGGUUCGCUUUUCUCAAUCUUCUUUUUUUUUUUAAUACAUACGCGAGACGUUACUCAUUGUGGCUUUCUACGCCCAAGUUGCUGUCAUGACGUCUUCUGCCUCCCAUCACCAACAUCCUUCGACUUCAGCCGCUGAGUUUUCUGCUCAUCAAACCGCACCUUCCUCUAACAUCGACCCGAACGGUAACAUCGCCACGAGUGGCUAUGCGCCAAAUGAAAGUCAACUUGCUGGGCUGGUAGAAGCUGCUACGGCAGCGGCUGGCCAAGACGUAUCGGAAUGGGCGGCCGCCGCUGCAGUCGCUGCCGCCGCUGGUGCCGCCGGGCAUCAGCAUCAUCUAGACGGCUACCCUCCGGAUAUUCAUAUCGAAGAUGAUAGCUUUGCAGAUGCAGGUUUUGGGACAGGGCUGGGCGCUGGAAGACAGUUACGAGCACCAGGGCCAUCCCCCAACGAACAUAGUCAGCCUUCGGGACUGUCAAGAACGGUGUCAAAGAAGAGAAAGAGAGAUGGUCCUCUCGACCCAGCCUUAACAGCGUCUGGACCUGGUGGUCACCAGCAGCAGCCCCACCAGCACAAUUCGCAUCAUUAUGGUGAAAGUCUCGAUAUCCGGUCUGCACCGCCCCAGUCCUUAUCGGAAGCGCGUGCUGUUGGUUUACAUUCCGCAGCUGCUUUGUUCCGCCAACCGUCGAGCAACAAGAAGUAUACCCGACCACCUAUGUCGAAGCUUUUUGCUUCACUAGAACUAUCACCAGAGAACUUCCUACAUUUACAAGCCGCUGCUAAAGCAUAUAUGCUCGAUGACAAACAUCCAGAACGACGUGAGUGUGUCGGCCAGCGUGGCAAGGGAGACACGGAAAUGGUUAAAUUGAGGCUUUGGAAUUGUGUGCGCCACUUUCUCGAAAUUGAGGGCCAUGGUGAACGUUUCUUUGGUGAAAAUGUAGUCAACGAGGGCAUGGGUCCCAGGACCUAUGUAUGGCCCCGGGACCAGCAAAAAAUCAUUGCGCUGGUCAUUCCACUGCUACGGCGUAUGGUCACCAAUGAACGACAGAGGCAAUAUGCAGUUGAGACGAGGAAGGGAGGUGGAUCAGAGGAGCGACGACGAAGGAAAACAGAAGAUAGUCUCCAGAAUAUGAAUAGUGCCAGUCCCCCCAAGUUCCCCGUUGAGGAACAACUCCAGAUGCACGCACAACAUCAUCCUCCCGAAGGGUAUGCACCAACACACCCCGAGUUGGGGACGACCUCCCAAGACAUGGAGUUGGGCCUGACAGAUCUCCUCCCUGAUGGCUAUCCAGCUGACUGGGAUGCCAUCUCUAAAACAUACGAAGCCUACAACCAAAACUACGAGCUCGACAACCUGUGGUAUAUCUCGGGCCUACAACAGCCAGAUUGGCGUGGGUUAGUAGCUGCUGUUGACAGCCAUUACCAGGUCUUUCACAACGGUAGUUUUGACUGCCCCACACCAUGUGAGGAUGAGAAUAUCAACCAUAUUUUACAUGCAAACUCUGUGUCGGGUUUACGGUGGAGGCUUGGUGGAGAUCGCAAUCAAGUUGCCAGGAACGAGUUUGCAAGCAGUAUCACCCGCGACCUUUCUCGCAUUAUCCGUGAUAAUAUCGCCACGAAGCAUGGCGUUCAAACGUCUACCGACGACCACGCGUCCAUGCAUCCAUCAAAUUUCCCGCCCCUUCCAACGGGUCUAACUAUGCCAAACCCGCCAACAACCUCUCAAGCGCCAAUAUCUUUGCGAAUCAAUAUCAUGCAGAACGGGAAACGUGUCCUUCCCCGGGUAGACCUUCCUGCAGGACACUGUCCCGAUCUUGAGGCUUUGAAACAGAUACUGUGCCGUCGAUUCGCGGGCCAGUUGCCAGGUCUACCCUCUGACCCUUCGCUGGACCCUGCAGCCUGGAUGUCUUCGGUGGGCUGGAGAUUCAAAGUCUGGUUGCCCGAGGGCCUGACUCCUGUCCAGAAUGACGGCGAGUGGACGAUCGCACUCCUCUCUGCCGGGAACGUCGACUGGAUGGACGGUGAUCUACGAGUUCUUGUAGAGUUGGAGAGCACCUCUUAGUAGUUAUCUCCCAUUUGCUGGGUAGCCAAUGCACCCUACUCUUCCCUUUGUCCCUUCCUAUCUAGGGUCAACAACAGAUUUGCCUUCUCACAUACCGUGGCCUGUCUUCCCUGGAGGAUACGAGCACUAAUAAUCUUCUUCUAUCCCUGUUUUGGGCCUUCUUCUCCAUCUACCUACCUCCUUUUAUCGUCUCUCUACCUUUUCCU